CAUUCUGUUAUAUGUUUUGUCUUUUUAUUAGAAUUUAUUAGCUGUAUCGUGGUGCGUAACUAGAAGAAGAGGCCUUCUUGUAGCUGAUCUUACUCCCGGCUUUCUGUGCGACGCUAGUCUGUAAGGCGUGCAGGAUGUUCUGGAAAGGGUGUAGUCUGAAGCCACAGAAUAAGCCACAGAGUAAGCCUAGAGCCCUGCAGCAAAUUAGGUCAUUACGGGUCAAAGGACUUUGCUCGCCACGCGCCGAGCAAGAAGGGGCCCAGCGCGUAAGCCGCGCACUCCAACAAAUGGUCAUCUCCACAAUAUCCUAACUUCAAUGUUCAAUUACUCCACCACCACCCUAUUAAUACCGGGACAUCUUGCGCGCAUCUUCUUCGCCAUUUCAAGACAGGGUAUUGUCAAAAUCGAUACACCAAAAAGGUCCCGCAUCAAGGGGGCUGCGGAGUACAUGGACGCGAAGGGCAUUCCAUACAGCCAUAAUGACCUGUUCAAGUUCCACGACAUCUCUAAGGAGCAAGGCUGGACUUAUUUAAAUAGGACAGUCGGACGGCCGACCGGAGGCAUGAACACAGUGAAUCGACCACAGAAACCGAGGGAGAAAGCCCCUUUUAAGCCAUUCUCAAGUGCGGCAAGCUUUGUGAACAUCAUUCUGAGACUGAAUUUUUUUAUUUUAUAACGUAGUUCACCACCGAGCGGGUCACCGAACACCAUCACAACGCCUACGCAGCGACAACACAUAAUGUCUCAUUUCUCUCGUGGUACGCGCCAUGAUGCGUGCUGUAGAGUCCGGCUCUUCGACGAAUUUGGUGAACCUUUUGCUUCUCAAGGCCUUCG